AAAUGACGGCCCGGUCGAUGUUGACGAUCCACUUCCAAAGGAGCUCCUGUCUAGGGAUAACGUUGAAAGAUGAAGUUCCUACCAAUGUUCGUGUUGCUUACCGUCUGCUUCGCCGUUGUUGUGGAGGCGGAGACCCAGCACGAACCGACGAAAAAACCGUUACUGGCCAAACGUACCGAGAAACCAAAGCCCAAACCUACAGAGAAACCAAAGCCUAAACCUACAGAAAAACCCAAACCCAAACCUAAGCCGACAGAGAAGCCCAAGCCUAAACCUACCGAGAAACCGAAACCCCCUAAGCCAACGGAGAAACCUAAACCCAAGCCUACAGAGAAACCCAAACCUAAGCCGACUGAGAAGCCAAAGCCCAAACCUACUGAGAAACCAAAACCCCCUAAGCCAACGGAGAAACCUAAACCCAAGACAACAACUACUACAACUACGACAACUGAGAUGCCGAUAACUGAUGCUCCUAUCACUGAUGCUCCUAUCACUGAUGCUCCAAUCACGGACCCUCCGAUCACUGAUUCUCCGAUCACUGAUUCUCCAAUCACGGAUCCUCCGAUCACUGAUGCUCCAAUCACUGAUGCCACAACCAUGGGUGGCUGAUCCACUGAGAUGCGGUGUCAUGGUUCGGAUUCAUCCGAAAGUUGUCUUUUUAAAGAUUAUGGUGUCCCCAUAAUAAGUUACAUCUUUUUCCGAGCUUUUUCUUCUGUACUAAUCACCUGAUAUAAAACAAAAACAAAAAAAAAUUACUAUUAACACAAUACACAUAUUAGCAGCAUUA